CCACCCAGUUCAUGACGCCAAGACCACGAAGGCCCACCCAGUUCAUGACCCGCGGAGCGCGUGGUACAUUAGGGGCGCGCGAGCUUUUGGUGCUUCUUGUGCGGUUUGCUUCGUCUAUGUCUUUCCUAAUGAGGAAAGGCGUACUUAACAACCGGAGGCAGAAGCGCCAAGAGUUAUGCGAUUCUUCUAACUACAAACAAAAGUGCAGCAAUCUCUUCCAGGAAGGCGAUCAGCAAAACAAGCCGCGAUUUGUGGUGCUGAUGCCAUUCGUGCGCACAAAACAACCAGCAGAAGGCCUGGACGAUGACAACCAGGAGUCUGGUGAUGAGGAUGAGCAUGAGGCUGGUGGUGAGAAGAGGAAGAUGGUUGUCUUUGGUGCUGCGGCUGCUGGAACUAAAAUUAAAGUUAAGGCGUAACCUAAUUCAUCCUUGGGUGAUUCACCCGGAAGCAUCCCCGGGAGGCUUCUCAAGUAGAGGGGGACGCGCCUAGGAUGCGCUUCGGGAUGAAUUAAGGCAAGCUCCAAGAGCAGCAAAAAGGCGAAAAAGAAGUAGACGAAAGGAGAACCAGCAGAAAGAGACGAACGCACCUGGUGGAAGUGGGACUUGUGGUAGGGGGGUGGUGGGCGGGUGUUGUGGAACAAAAUGAUUAGGAAAGUACUUUUCUGGUAGUGUCUCUAUUAGUUUGUCGGUGUUGACCGUGCAUCUACAUGAUAGGGACGAACUUUGGUGCAUUUGUAGAAUCAGAUCGGUGGCUCAUAGGCUUCGCCUGAGUUUCCUUACCGAAAAGUUCGCUGCGUUUGUAAUUGCAGCCAUUAGCAUAAUGAGAACGACGAAUUCAUAUUCAAAUAUCAUUCUUUCAGUACGAUGAUGAUCAAUCCAACCACAUAGCAGGUGCCCACUUCUAUAAACUUGAAAGGAGUAGGGGGCCACAUUAUGAGCCACGGCAUAUUAUGGGCCGCUUUAUGUUUAUCGUUAUUAGGAACGUUGUUGAUAUCAGUCCUAGUCAUUUUAAUUUUAUUUGAGGUAUUUACUUAUCGAUUCAUAUCCACACAUCGCAGAACGCUGAGCCUCUUGCUAAUAAUUAUAAUUUCAGUUGAAGGCUUUCCAUAAUGAAGAAGAACCACGCUCAGACUAAUUUGCUGGGCAUAUUAUUUCUAGCAUAACGAACUACAACUAGCACUAGAAUCGUGGGGGGUGUGUCUAUAUUAAUAUUCUCCAGCUAUUUCGUUCACAAUGUGACCGCCGCGUGCGCGUCUUCAUCUUCCUGGUCGCAGAUCUACCCCUGGUGGCAGAUCAAGGGGCUGCCGCUCUUUUCAUAUAAGUGGCAAGCUCCUUGCUGGUCGCCAUUUGAUAAGAAUCAGAAUCAACUUGAAGAUAAGUAAGGAGUUUAUACGGAAGUCCGACCAUAUAAAGAAUUGUUAGCAAUUAUUUUCCUCCAAGUCAUGUGCAUGGUAUAAAAAAAAGCUAGACGACUAAGCAAAAUCGCGGAACACGUGGAAAAUUUUUGGAUUUACUUAAUUAUUUGGGUCGUAACUUGCUUGCUGAUGAUGAUGCUGCUAGUGUUUUGCAUCUACACCGCAUCCGCAGCACUAAAAGAAGCAGCUUCGUUUUCUUGAUGAGAAUGUAGGUAGAAAAGAAUAAGAUGGCCAUCCUUAUCAAUUCGAUGGCGAUAGACAUUGACAUAGAGAUCAUCACCAACAGACACGAUUGCAGUUUUUUCAAGAUUCAGGGUUAAGGGCCGCGGUGGUCCUCCAUAGUUAUCACGACAAGAAAACUCGAGAAGGCACCUAUUGAAUAUUAUAGAAGUGCAAGCUUAUAGCUAUAGCUAUACCUGCGUAGCUGCCUUACCGGUGGUCUCGUUCUCGGCCCUUUUGUCGAGGCAGGUUGUCGCUUCGAUCUUCCUUCCAUGUAAGUAGUUUUGCGGGUUUGUAUUUUCAUUCAUAGGGGUAAAGAAGUUGAACUACACAGCGUAACCAAACACACGGGGUCGCGAGUUUUUUUUGUACAAUGAAAAUAAUUAUAGAACGCAUCGGAGGCGCGCCCUCAUGACUUUGGCUCGGUCUUUAGGUAUGGCUUUGGCUUGGUCUUAAGAACUAGGACGGAAUGCGUCCAAAGUAAGAACUAGUACUGAACUGCACUGCCAUCGUGUUAGUUUGGGUCAGUAUUUUCGUCUAGUGUGUGCAGCUGAACUAAAUCGAUAUCUCUAGGGUUCUGGUAGAAUUGACAUAGAGAAAGCUGGCGCUCGUAAUGCACCACGAUGGGUAAACCAUGCUACUGGCCACGCACUACAUUCAUUCCUUCGAAAAAGAUGAUGAAGAUUGAAACACGACAGAACUCACCGAGAUUAUAUACUAUUUAAAGUGACCUGAUGCCGAUGCGGAAAGCGAAAGUAAAAACCAAAGAAACUAAGACUAACAAACUCGCAGGUCUACUUAUCAUUGUUUCACAAAUAGAAUUCACUCGGG